CCCAAAACCAUUCCAUUCUUUCUAAUAAACUCCCAACAAAAACAUUAUAAAUAUUGUCUUUUUUUUUUUUUAUUAUUAUUAUUACUAUUAUUGAACCAAAGGCUAAAAAAGUUUCCAACUUUCUUCCUCUUUGAGAAUGUGGACUUUGGGUUAUGAUGACAAUGGCGGAGAAUUUUGCUUCUCUGAGGCCUUUCAUGGCGGUCGCAAGCUCCGGCCUCUUGUCCCUCGCCCUUUGCCUUCCCUUCGUGUCAAUGGCGCUAACUUGUCUUCCCAAUAUUACCAUCUCGCAAAUCUUUUGAAUGAGGAAAGCCAGAGAGAGUUGUUGAAUAAUGAAAAGAGUUCAUCAAGUCCAACACCAGUAACAGUGAGUUCAUCAAGAUGGAAUCCGACGGCGGAGCAGUUGAGAAUUCUGGAGGAGCUUUACCGGCGAGGGACAAGAACGCCGUCCGCCGACCAAAUCCAACACAUCACCGCCCAGCUCCGCCGCUACGGCAAAAUAGAAGGCAAAAACGUUUUCUAUUGGUUUCAAAAUCACAAGGCUAGAGAGCGCCAAAAACGACGCCGUCAAACUGCCGCUGAACAAACCAAAUAUUCUGAGGCAGAAAAAGGGUACGAAAUUGAAGAGACAAAGACGAAGUGUAGGUGGGGAAGGCCACCACCACCACCACCCUCUAUAAUCUCCUCUACUCUAUUUUCACAGGAAUGUGCAGAAACACAGAGAAAAACAAAAGUUGUUGAAUUGGAACAACAAGAAGAAGAAGAAGAACAGGAAACAAGAAGAGAGUCAGUGGAAAGAGAUGGAACAUGGAAAUACAAUAAUAUAUUGAAUUGUCAACUCAUAAACCCUACAAGGAAGACCCAACAUCUAAACAGUGUCGACGAAUCCCGCACCGGAGACCAACGACACAAUGUCGUUGAUAACGAUGGCGAAGAAGAAUCUAAAACGAUGACACUUCAGUUGUUUCCUCUAUGCAGCACCAAGUUUUACAAAUACGACGGCGAGAGAGAAGGACGACGGGAUGAUUGGCCAGCGAUCAUGUCGGAUUCAGACAAUGUGAUCAAAAGCACCACCUUAUCUCCAAGUUGUAGUUUCCAGUUUUUUGAGUUUCUUCCACUCAAAAACUGAUUUCAUUUUCACCAUGUUAUGUCAAUGUUAAGACUUAUUUUUGUUACCAUAUAGGAAUAGAAGAGAUCAGAGAGUGUUCUAAUGUGUGUGUGUUUUUUUUCCACAAAAGGUUUUAAAUAUAAUUCCGAUAAAAAUGUGAAAACUAAGAUAAAAU